AUGGCUAUAUUAUCGCUUAUUGAAAAUAUCGAUUUAUUAACUUUGCUUGUCCUUGUGAGUUUAGGAUUAGCAACAUAUGUGGCACAAUUCUAUUUCAACUAUUUCACCAGAAAGAAUCCUCUUCCAGGACCUGUACCAUGGCCGAUUAUAGGUGUGUGGGAAAAUGAUAUAGCAAUGGCCAAUAAAUUUCAAGAAAAAUAUGGAGAUAUCUGGGAGGUUUGGAAGUGGUCUGAAAGGCAUAUAUGGAUAGGUCGUGCGGACUUGGCUACAAAGUUACUUAAUCCUUCUUAUUCAAAUAAUAAUUUUCCUUUUCGGACAACCAAAAAUGAAGGCCUUGAUUUAAUGGAUAUGACAUCGAAGGGUGUAGUGUUUAAUCUUGAUUGGAACAGUUGGAAUUUUAACCGAAAAUGUGUGAAUCGAGUUUUGAUGUCACCAAAGUUUCUGAGGCAUUCGGUAGUGUACACUCAAAAUCUCUUUACAGAAAUGGAAAAGCAUUGGUUAUCCCUUGGACUUGAUAAAGAAAUAGAUCUUGCAAAAUGGAUGAUGAGAUUUAUGAUGGAUUCUACUCUUAUCAUGACGACAAAUAAGAAUUUUUAUGCUUUAGCCAAUUACUAUGAUACGUUUUCUAACUCGAAAUGUUCGAAUCAUAUUUUGAAAGAUUCCGAAAGAUUUGUUGCAGCCAUUAGGACCCAUUUUAUAGCGUGCGCUUUCUUUAAAGAUACACCAAAAUACAAACGAAGAUUCUUUCCAAAUUUAAGGCGUCAAGCAAAAGAAUUACUUGAGGAGGUUGCUUGGUUAAACAGAGAAGUUCUCAAAAUUAUUAGAGAGAGGAAACAGGAAAUCGAUAGAACUCCAUUGGAAGACGAAUUGUCUUCAGAUAUGUUGACAAUGUUGUUAACUUUAAAUACUUCUCGUGAUAUUAAUCGAGAAACUGCUGCUGAACCAAUAAGUGAAGAUGAUGUUCGCGCUAUCGUAUAUGAUAUAAUUGGUGGUGGUAGUGAUACUGGAAUCUACAAGUCCGAUGUUCCAAUUUAUAAGUCCAGUGAAACAAAAUUUAUCCAAUUGCCCAGUACUGAAUAUAUGGAGACGUCCAAUACAUUCUGUUAUGUGGUUUACUAUCUUUCACACUAUCAUGAGGUCAGAAAAGCUAUGCUUAAAGAAUUAGAGACAGUACUUGGCAAUGAUCAAAUUACUUAUGAAAAACUUCAAAAGUUACAUUACUGUGAUGCAAUUAUUAAAGAAGUGUUUCGCACUAUGCCAACUGUGCCAGUUUUACUCCGAGUAAAUUCGAAGCCUGAUGAAAUUGAUGGGCAUCAUUUUGAAAGCUCUACGAUGUUUAUGAUCAAUGUGCCUGGUGUUCAUAUGCACAGUGCACAUUGGGAUAAUCCUCAAAAAUUCGAUCCUCAAAGAUUUAUGGAUAAAAAUAUUGAAGGAAAUAUUUUUAUUCCAUUUGGUGGAGGAGCAAAGAUAUGCCCGGGAAAGCAAUUAUCAAUGUUACAAAUGAAAGCCUUGAUCGUUUUAUUAUACAGAAAGUACGACGUCGAAUUGGUUGAUAUGAACGCUCCUAUAAACGUAAUUCGUGUUAAUAAAAAGGGUUUAGGAGAUUGUGGGGAUGGAAUAUCUCCCGCAUUUUUAGGCCUGAGUAAAAUGUUGGGUCACGUUAAAUUCGUUUUUCCAAAUGCACCUUCUCGACCUAUAACAGUAAAUAAUGGAAUGGUUAUGCCUGCAUGGUAUGAUAUUGAUUCCUUAGGAGAAAAUAUAGAAGAUAGAAAUGAAGAUGAAGAAGGCAUGUUAAAUUCAGUUAGGGGAUUAAACGGCAUUAUUCGUGAUGAAGUAGAUUCGGGUAUUCCUUCUAAUCGCAUCGUCGUUGGUGGCUUCUCUCAAGGCUCGGCUAUGUCACUUUUGGUUGGCUUGACAUCUGAAUAUCGCUUUGCUGGAAUUGCCGUUGGUUACCUCCCACUUAGGAACAAGAUAUUUAAGAUGGCCACAGAUUCAAAUAAAGGAACACCAAUUUUUAUGGCCCAUGGUAUUAUUGAUGCGAUUAUACCGUAUAAUUUUGGAAAACUAUCAUAUGAAUUUUUGAAUUCUAAAGGAUACCGAGUCAAUUUCAAAACCUAUAACACGUUGUCUCAUUCUAUAAACGCAGAGGAACUUCGUGAUUUUGCGCAAUUCCUUAAAGAUGUAAUUCCCGAUGUAUAA